UUGAAGUCUUCUCUUCUCUCUUCUUCAAUUUUUUUCUUUCUCCUUAGGGAGGGGUUCCUACCACAAAAGGAGGAAGGCGUGGGAAGAUUAUGAGGAAAAAAAGGAAGGUUCUGACUGGAGGUUAUUGACUUGGGGAUGAAAAAGAGAAAUUGGCAGUCAAGUCUUCAAGUUGCGGGGUCAGAGCUCUAUUAUCAUAUGUGAUUUGGCCUUGUGACACCGAAAUCUGACUCCAUUUUUGAAAAAGCCUCCGUCUUGAGAGUGAACUAGGCCCGAACCCAGUCCCAGGAAAACCCGCAGGAAAGUGUCCUGCAGCUCACUUGGACCCUCAAUUGGAUUCUCUUCCUGCUGGGAAUCCCCUGAUGAAGAUCGAAGUCGUUGAAGUCCUCACACUGAACCAAGAGAUAGCUCGUCCCCGAAAUGCCCAGAUCCGGGCUCUCUAUGCUGAAGAUGAGGGUCUGAGCCCAGAAGUAGUAGGGGAGCCCACUCAACAGCUAGGCAAGCACGCAGCUGACCCUGAGGCUGCACGCCAGAGGUUCCGGGGGUUCUGCUUUGAGGAGGUGGCAGGGCCCCGUGAGGCCCUGGCCCGGCUGCGGGAGCUGUGCCGCCAGUGGCUGCGGCCCGAGGCGCACUCCAAGGAGCAGAUGCUGGAGCUGCUGGUGCUGGAGCAGUUCCUGGGGGCGCUGCCCAGGAAACUCCGGAUGUGGGUGGAGUCACAGCACCCAGAGGACUGUCAGGAGGCAGUGGCCCUGGUGGAGGAUGUCACCUGGAUAUCUGAGGAGGAAGCAUUACCCGCCCAGGACCCCACCUGCUCUCUUGAGACCACAGCUCCUCAGGAAGAGAAUAUGACUACCUGGCUGGCGAAAGCGCCACCUGAGGAACCAGUGACCUUCCUGGAUGUGGCUGUGGACUUCAGCAAGGAAGAGUGGGGGCUGCUGGACCCAACGCAGAGGACCGAGUACCAUGACGUGAUGUUAGAAACCUUUGGACACCUGGUGUCUGUAGGGUGGGAGACUACACUGGAAAGUAAAGAGUUAACUCCAAAAUCUGACAUUCCUGAGGAAGAGCCAGCCCCUGACCUGAAAGUGGAAGAAUUCUCAAGGGAUGACACCUGGUCCUCUACCUCCGGAGACAUCUUGGAGGAUGGGACCCAGGAAGUCUUGGACACAGCACUGAAGCAAGUGGGGCUAACUCAGGAAGAAACCCUCUCUCGGAAAAGCCCCCAAUCCCAGGCAAACACUGGCCUUGUCACAAGCCAUAUUUCACUCCAGAAAACUCUGCCCAGGAAACGCUUGCGCAAGCGUGGCCCACGGGUUAAGAAGGUGACACGUGGGCCAUGUGUAAAAAUUCAUCAGAAGGGCCACAACGGGGAAAAAGCCAGAGAACACAGUGGUUGUGGGAGAACCUUCAGCCGGAGCACUCAGCAGAUUACAUUCACAAGAAUUCACAAGGGGAGCCAAGUUUGCCGAUGCAGUGAAUGUGGCAAAACGUUCCGGAACCCAAGAUACUUCUCUGUACAUAAAAAAAUCCACACAGGAGAGAAACCCUACGUAUGUCAGGACUGCGGAAAGGCAUUCGUUCAGAGCUCUUCCCUCACACAGCAUCAGAGAGUCCACACUGGAGAGAGGCCUUUUGAGUGUCACGAGUGCGGGCGGACCUUCAAUGACCGCUCGGCCAUCUCCCAGCACUUGCGCACUCACACCGGAGCCAAGCCCUACCAGUGUCAGGACUGUGGGAAGGCCUUCCGCCAGAGCUCCCAUCUCAUCCGGCACCAGAGAACGCACACUGGGGAGCGCCCCUACAUGUGCAGCAAGUGCGGAAAGGCCUUCACCCAGAGUUCGCACCUCAUUGGGCAUCAGAAGACACACAGUGGGGUGAAAUGCAGGAAGAAACAGCCUACCUCAUAACCCUCAAGCGGAGCUGGCCGAAGAGCCUGACCCUGCAAUGUAACAAGAAUGGGCCUGGUUGGCGUUCAGAACGGAACGUGAAAAGCAGCACUGAGUGAUGACAUUCUCAAAACCAAAGGACAACCGGGGAGACCACCCUGCACACAAGUAAAUGAGAAAACUGGUGAGGAGUUGUUGCUAAUGGAUAGAAGUUGGAGAAACAUUUUUCACUCACUUGAUUUGCUGUUAAAAUAUUUGUUUGCUCAUUUGGUCAUUAAAAGUGAUACUAGGGAAACCUGGAGAUGCUUAUAAUGUAAGCUUAAAAAGCCAGGUACCAAAGUCUGUGCACUGAUAGAUUUGUGGUAAAGUAUUUAUGCAUAUGGACAAAGACUAAAAGAGAACAAAGAUAAAUAAACUAUAUAUUUCUGUGA